GGCUGUUGCAGGAUGUAAAAUGUACAAUAUGUAUUGCUGAUUAUUCUCUUCGGAAACAAAUAAGGAUGUGUGUAAUUUACACUGAAAACAUAUAUAAUUACAUCACAUUACGCAUUCCAUUGCUAGCUAUUUAUCAAACAUUGCACAAGGCUCUAUCUUAAUUGUUUCUGAAUCUUCCAUUGUAGUGUACCUUAGGAAGGAGCAAGAUUCUUACUCCUGUUGUUGUGUCCAUUCAGAACCAGGUUCGCACCAGGUCCGUGGUUUAACUCCGAGCUUGAAGAAGAGAAUGAGUUCUAAUGCCUCGAACACUUUGAGCUCAUUCAGGAGCUCAUUCCACACUCCACUAACAAUACAGUAAUUGUUAUUAUAGGGCGGGCGGUGGUGGUCCGCGUGCUGUGACCGGGAAACGAGUAGUCGAGCAUCUUGGAGCGCCACCACAAUGGGCGGGAGUCUGCUUUUUGUGCCAUGAGCCCAAGCGUGGAACUGCUGGCUGAACAUGAUGCAGCCCGAGCUGACUCCUACAAAGACGCUGAGAAUCGGGUGGCCGACCAGAAGGUCGAUUGGCAGAACAAUGAAGGUCACAGCCCUGGCCAGGGCGUGCAGAUUAUUGGCGAACUCCCGCCGCGUGAUCGUCCACGGCCUUUGAUGGUGCCCCUGGAACGCUUCUAUUUGGUUUCCGAAAACCGGAGUGUGGGUGGAGCCGUAGUUGUCGACGGCCCAGUGGUAGACUCCGGAGCCGAGGUCCGCCAGAACGUAGCCGAUGUAUCCGGCGAAAAGCGGCUCGAGCCAUGAUGCAUGCGAGGCGGCUGCGACCGCCACGCCUUUGGCCAGAGAGAUGAGCACCGUGGUGCAGCCGCACGCCACCCAGGCUCGGUGGGACCAUGUUGAUUUCAAGCUGAUGCCGGGCUCACGGAGCAACGUUUUAGUAGUGGUUGGCACCGUGGCUGUAGGGCGGCUGCAGGCCCGCAAAGAGAAGCUGGUCAAACGGCGGCAGGAGGACUUGCAGCGGCGAGUUUGUGGCAAGGAUCCGACGUUCUGUUGAGGACAUUGUUGAUGGAAAGACAGAGGUGUGAUUAGGAGAGAAGCGCUGCUGUGACACAUCGCUAGCAGUGGAUCUGGAGAGAAUUCGUUAUCUAGACAGAUCGAUAGAUACAUGUUAGCCGGUGACGUGUUUCAAUUCCCCUCGUAUAUAUUUACAUGUUAUUUGUUCUCUACAUUUCUGUCUUUC